CGACAAGAGAGGAGAGGGAAGAAGAUACCUUUCUUCCACAACCUAUGAAUCACACAAAACAACACAAAAGAACACAAACACAACACAACAACUACUAAACAAAAACCUUUGAUUCUUAAGAAACACAACACAUGAAAAUGCAUCCUUCUGUUCAUUCUUUUCGUCGCUCAUUCUUCUUCUGUUGCUUCCUCCUCCUUUCUCUUUUUCUUCUGCUCUUGCUCUUGGUGCCACCUUCUUCUUCAUCAUCUUCUUCUUCUGCCCCAAAUGAAAAGGUAACUGUGUCACUCUACUAUGAGAGUUUAUGCCCCUAUUGUGCUGAUUUCAUUGUGAACCGUCUUGUGAGGAUCUUCCAAACGGAUCUUAUCUCCAUUAUCAACCUCAGAUUGGUCCCUUGGGGCAAUGCUUGGAUUGCACCUGAUGCUUCUGUCAUUUGUCAGCAUGGAGAGGAUGAAUGCUUCCUAAACACGAUCCAGGCCUGCACUAUUACAAUCUAUCCUGACGUGAUGCAACAUUUCAGAUUUAUUGAGUGUUUGGAGCGUCUGAGUUUAGAAGGGAGACACAGGCAAUGGAUGAACUGCUUCCAAAUGACUGGUUUGGGCACAUCACCUAUUGAUUGCUACACAAGUGGCAACGGGAAAACUAUUCACCUAAAGUAUGGAAAGGAAACAUCUGAGCUUAAACCACCCCAUAGAUUUGUUCCAUGGGUGGUUGUGAACAACCAAGCACUCCAAGAGGACUACAGAAAUUUUGAGACCUAUAUUUGUAGGGCUUACAAAGGCAAAGUGAAGCCAAAUGCUUGUAGAUCAUCAUCCCUUACAGCAAGAACUUAUGAUGAGUCAAACGAAAAAGACAAUAAUUUCUUUAUACCUGUUUGCUAUGCAGAUGAAGCAAAAAAUCUGACCUACACUUUGGCAACGAGAUUAAGCAGUAAAUCACCAUUAAAAUUAGGUGGGAAUGUACUUUUAGUGUGGUUAUUCAUGUGGAUGUAUGAAGGUUUUAUACUUUGGAAAUAAGCUUAAGCUUCUUCUGACUAAUCUAUAACUUGAAUUAUGGAAGUGUAAAUUAUUAUAAUAAGAUACUAGAAGGUGCAGAUUUGUUUCA